UACGACGACGUUGAUGAUGAGGAAGAAAAUGGUGCGGAUGAUGGUGGACUACAGGGUGACGAUGACAGCCUGGCCGAUCUUGAGGACUAUUUUCUCUACUACCACACGGGAGAUAUUCUUUUUGGUCCCUCUCCAAGGAACUCCCUUCUGCGUGACUCCCUCCUUACCGGCGUAGAAUCUGUUGUGUCGGGUUGCCGGGGUGGAACUCGUACUAGUGAGCGAGUCUCAACAGCCAGACGUGAAGAAUGUUCACAUCUGGCUGAGAAGGUAAAAAAAUUGAAGGCACAGUUGGUUCAGGCACGUGAGAAUCGCCUCCAGCGGCGAAAUAAGGCGACAGGUGGGGCUACGACCUCUUCAGUUGAAACAGCGGCCGAGAUGAAGAGGGAGCAAGAUACGAAUAACUCCUUGAGUGGACAUGAAAAGAUGACAUCCGGCCAAGCCAGUUCUCCGACUGCAACCUCGACCAAAGUUGCCAGUCCAAUUCUACCCAAACUCAGCGCACCACCUGCCACUCCUUACCUGCGUUCUUCGAGGCACAGUCUGCAGCGCCCAUACACCAGUUCCGUCGAUCUGUCUCCUCGCCUGGCGACUGUGGGCGCUGGCGACAGAUGUCCAGACAACACUGGCGUCUGCACUCCUUCAGUAAGACGCUCAUUCGACCUCCUGCGGCCCCGGGGCACAGCCCCUCCGUCGAUCUCCAAGGUCUCCAAUAAUCUGAGUGUUGCUCCUGCUCCUGCCCCGGCUACCUCACUCCUACGUCCUCCCUCAACUACAUUGACAGUAUCUCGCAAGCCCUCCGGAGUCAGCUGCUUUACUCGUACUCUUGAUGAAAUUGCAUCAAAGAAACUGCACAACUUCAGCCACCGAGGAGAUUCCGAUUACUCUUUUGAGGUUUAA